ACAACCUUUCAACCAACCUUCGUUGCUUGUUUCACUUCAGUGUUUCGACCCUUUUGUCUCGCGUUAUAUUACUUUUAUAGCAGUUCCAAGUAAUAGGUCACCAUGUCUGUCGACGUUAGCCACAGUAUCUCCAUUGAAACAAACAAGGAAAACUUUGAAUUGAGCGAAAACGUUGCCUCGAAAUUUUCGUCCUUCUCUUCUUCAAUGCAAGUCAGCAACGCCGCGACGUCAAGAGCACCGUUUGCGCAAACGUCUGCCAACCGCUUCAAUGUUAACAUGGACCACUCGACGCAAUCCAAGCUCCGAUUCGGAUGCUUUGCCUUUUCCAAGCCAACCACGAUCGAAUCCGCCUGCAACAGCAACAUCCGUCAAGAAGAAAACCAAGAAAACGGUUCCUCGUCGUCCAGCACACCAGUUGCUCCGCGAUCAGUCGAUCAGUCACCCGUCGUGGCCUCUAGUGUCGAAUUCCAAUCACCGGUUCUGCCAAGAUUGCAAAAAUCCGGCGCGAGCAGCGAUGUGCAAGGAUCGAUUUCCGACAACCAAGUGACGGAGCGUCUCGCCAUGCUCUCGCCCCGGCAACAACAGCAGCGAUCGGUGGAGCGAUUGCAACUACGUCUGCAAAUGUCUGCGUCUGCCCGUCAACGCGGAUCUGACUCGCUUUCUCGCUCGAUCGUGUUUGCCGACUUGAAGCGAAGGCACUCGCUGGCCCGGCUCGAGUUUGCCCCUGCAUCACCCGUCCAAACACAAGCAACUGGUGCCGUUCAAUCGACUUUGUCAAGUACAGCAUCGCCGUCAGCAGCGGCGUCGGCAUCGUGCCCAGCAACCCCUACCGUGCUGUCCACUUCGCGGCACGGCCCAUUGACCGUCAGCGUAGUAGCAAAAGGCACUCUUCAACGUGCUCGGCAAGCCUCGUGUGUAGCAGUCCCGUCUUCAUCGUGGUGCUACGAGUUUUCUUAACAGCAAAGAAGGGGUGUAGGUUGUUGUACUUGGGAAUGUGUUAUGUGUGGUACUUGUUCUGUUCAAUGUUUUGUUGGUGUUGCU